AUGUCCGAAAUCCUUACUUUGCGUUCCGAGGUGGAACAGUUGGAGGCAGAAAUAGAAAAGUUCUCCCAGGAAAAACAACUUGCUUCCGUGAAACUAAAUGAACUAAAAAAUCAGCCCGAUCCACCAUCACAAAUAUCAGAAUCAGAGCCAGAAUCUCUGCUGGAUUCCGAAUCCGAGUCCCAACCAGCACCCAUCUACCACAACCAUUUUGACCCAGAAGUUGCUCGAAUAUUGGAAGAGGCAAACAAAGUGAAAAAAAAGUCCUCUCCAGAAGAAACUGCCAGUAUUUUGUACGAGAACAUCUUUCGAUUUACAGGAAUUACUGCUUUUCCAAUCAACAAAUCCUUGUUAUCUGCCGACGAGGAAGUCUUUGGGAUUCGGUUUGAUACUUAUUCUAACCACGAGCGCAAAUUCGUGGCACCUCACUAUGUCAUUCUAAAAAAGAUACCUCACGAGAAAGAACCUAAUCAUCACCGCUGGUCGGUUUUUCGCCAUACUCUCCCAGUGUACAUUCCUGUGAACGAGGCUGAAUCUGUGUUGGAAUAUGGGCAAGAGGAGGUGGACCAAAGUGUGGUUAAAUUCUCCAAAUUGGUUUAUGGAUAUCUUUCACAAACGCAAAUGAAGCAUGAUAUUUUUGCAGCAGUGUCACUGAAUCCAGAUAUACGACGCUUGGAGAAAGACUUGGCGUGCCAUCGAGUUCGAUUGUUUCUCGAAUCUGGCCAAGAAUUGGUUAUUCAUUGUGAUAUUUCGUCCGUUAUACUGGCCGAGGUUGUAGGGAAUGCCGAACUAUCAGCUGCGUGUGAAGCGGUUCUCUCGACUGAUAUUGCUGCUCUAGAGGGUGCUCUAACUCGAGUACUUGGGAUCUUACGUAGGUAG